CACUCAUAAUCUCAUAUAGUAACGUUCCACAAGGCUGGAAGCACCCCGUUCACAAUCUUAAUGGAUAUGAUUAAUAACUACCGCAUCGCUGUCAUCUGUCUUUUAGUGCUGACGGGAAAACUGGAUAGUGCACGCGUUGACAGAGGCUUCUGGAUGAGGAGCACCUUCGGCCACCUGAAUCCCGACCGCAGCUCCUUCAUCCAGUGUACUGCACCCGAAAAUGUCCCUAUCGCAUUUUCCAAGGACGGCGGCGUAAUGCCCAUGUCCUUUCCCUACACCCAGCCUCCAAAUACAAAGGUGCUGAUGCUCCACCGUCUUGGCAAGCAGGCACGCGUUGGUGUCUACAGGUGCUCCACCACUUCUGGUGGGAUCGUUACCGACAUCACCACCAUCAAACAGCCAGCCACUACAGAGGCACACGUCUUGCCCUUGAAGGCUUACGUGACAGCGUACGCGGGAGAUACGGUUCAGCUUGCGGUGACCAAGCGCGACCACUUGGACGUGCCACUUGUGUGGGCCCUCAAAGACAAGGAGUUGGAACGGGAUAAGGAGACGCUCGUCUUGAAGAACGUUACCGUGGACGACAGAGGUGUCUACGAGUGCUUCUACGAGGGACAUCGACAAGAGGCUCUGCACGCCUUCAUCAGGCUCCAUGUCGUAGCAUGUGGACGGGGCCGCUACGGACAAGCUUGCGAACAUGACUGCCCCGCUUGUCGCAACGGCGGAGUUUGCCACGAGGACACUGGAAAUUGCAUCUGUCCGUCUGGCUUCACGGGGCCUCACUGCGAUCAAGCUUGCGGAGCCAAUCGGGUUGGCACCAACUGUACAGAGAAGUGUGACGCAAAGGAGACACGAAAGGGUUGCGCCAUUCAUCUCUUCUGUGGUCCCGAUCCUGUAGGAUGCACCUGUGCGCCAGGAUUCAAGGGUCAUAGCUGCUCUGAGGUGUGCCCGCGAGGCUUUUACGGCGCCGACUGCACACAGCGAUGUCACUGCAACGUCCGGGGUAACUGCGACUCUAUCACAGGACACUGUGAACAGGGCGGUUGUCUCGACGGCUGGACUGGGGAGUCGUGCCAAAUAUACGAGGGUGACCUCAGCACUACCCCGCCGACGACUGAGGGCCAAAACGUAGACUGCGAUGCCGGAUUCUUCGGGACCAAUUGCUCUCGGAGGUGUAACUGCAAGGACGGAGAACCAUGUCACCGCACCACAGGCGUUUGUCCUGGAUCUUGCCAAGAAGGAUUCGCUCGGUCUACGUGUUCCGAGUGUGUCCACGGCAGGUUUGGGGACAACUGCUCCUUCCACUGCCACUGUUGGAACGGGCACGAGAACUGCCGGAAGAACGGCACCUGCCACGACGGCUGCGCUGCGGGUUGGAUGGGCCAACAAUGUCAGGAAGAGUGUAAGCCGGGAAAGUUUGGCCCUAACUGUGUCUACACGUGUCACUGUCACCACGGCAACGACGCCUGCGACUUCGCCUCUGGAACUUGCAAUGGGUCUUGCGAGGCCGGCUUCACGGGUCACUCUUGCCAGGAACAAUGUCCGCUGCAGAAGUUCGGUGUGAACUGCAGCGGAACAUGCGAUUGCCAGAAUGGAGGUACCUGCGACCCCGUAGAUGGGAGCUGUACCUGCAGAGGACGCUACAGGGGAAAGGACUGCACUCACACUGCUCCUCGGAUCCAACCGCGCAAUAUCACAGAGAUCAACGCCCGCGAGAGCGCUUCGUUGACUUGUCUUGUCGAUGCCAACCCAGCUCCGACCAUAGGGAUGCAUCUCGUGUCGGGACACCUGGAACUACUGAACGUUACUACAGUGCAUCUGGAGAAGGAUCUGUACCAGGCAACGGCUCAAGUGAGCGGCACUCAGGAUGGCUUCUACGAAGUGCGAUGCGACGCUAAAAACAGUUACGGGCUCGGCUCAAAGAUCCUUCCCGUAGAAAUUGUAGCCACGCCGGUGCUGAAGGAUCCUCCGGAAGUCAACAUGUCCGUCGUCUCGGCGCAGGUGUCCUGGAAACCGUGGAAGUUCACUCCGGGAUACGGCGGACGUCCUGGAGAUGCCGUCGAGUACCAGUUACAUUAUCGAGCAGAUGGAGGUGACUGGAGCACAGCAGGAGACUGGCAAGUUGAGACCGAGAAGAACGUCACUGGCCUGACGCCGGACACCGAAUAUGACUUCGCUGUCCUUCUUAGACGAGCCAACGCUAAUGGGGGCAGCGGAGAUCCAGAGAAAGGCCAAAUAAGAGCCAGGACACAAUGUGGAGAAGCAACGGUGGACAGCAAGCCGAAGGAUAUGAAGAGCGAAGCACUCUCCGCGCACGAGAUCCAACUAGAGUGGCAGAGGCCGACGGCGGAUGACCUGCGAUGCCACUUCCUGGGCUACCAACUACGAGUUCGAAAAGUAAACGAGACCACGUGGGUAGAGCACAAUGACGUUGACUCGUCCGGAGAGCGCUACCUCUUGCGAGGACUGGAGCCCUACACGGAAUACGAGAUCGCAUUGGGCGUUGUCACCUCCGCGUGGAGUAGCAACCACGUGGCCACUGUGCUCCAGGAGACGCUAGAAGACGUGCCUGGUCCAGUUGGUGCUCUGAAAGUGAAAACCGUGAAUGCCACCUCCGUAGAGCUGUCCUGGAGUAAACCGGCAGCGCCCAACGGUUUACUCAAGGACUACCGUGUGCUGCUACGUCUACUCGAUGCCGGCAUGUGCGGAAACUCACCGAAGGACCACAAUGAGUCGCUUCACGUUGCUCCUGACACCCAAAUCUCGAUCGACGAGCUGGUACCGAACUCCCUGUACGAAGUGAACGUCAGCGCUGGGACAGCCGUCGGCUACGGUGACCAUUCGGUUUUAAGCUUCAGAACCUCGAAAGCAGCUCCCAGGGCUUCCCCGCGUAACGUGCGUAUGACUUCCGUGGGAGGAUCGUCUCUUUCGUUUUCCUGGGACAAGAUACCCUGCUCUGACACCAAUGGUGAUGUCACAUCCUACGGCUACGUUUUGCAACCCGCCCACCAGGCGUCGAGCAUCGUGGUCAACACUACGGGCAGCACAGAGGUAACGGUCGACUCUUUGGUUCCCUUUCGCAAUUACACUUUCCAAGUAAAGGGUGUAAAUGAGGCUGGUGACGGACCUUUCUCGGCGCCUCUCCUUCAAGAAACUAAACAAGAAGCACCGGGGUUCGUGGGGAGAGUCGAAGUGAGCAACGUUACAGACGCGAGCGCCCUUUUGAGCUGGGAGGAACCUGACGAACCCAAUGGAAUCGUAACACAUUACCAGGUGACUGUCCAUUCAGACGCUGAACUACCUGAAACGAGCCUCGUCACAGAGACGGAACUGGAAUUGCACGGUCUCCACGGAGGACUCAAGUACACUGUGGACCUGCGCGCAGCCACCAGUGCAGGAUUAGGUCCCCCCAGCAACGUCAGUUUUCGAACGCUCGACCAAGACACGCCUGUGCUGAAGGAUCCUCCGGAAGUCAACAUGUCCGUCGUCUCGGCGCAGGUGUCCUGGAAGCCGUGGAAGCCCUCUAAGGGGUACGGCAGGCGUCCUGGAGAUACCGUCGAGUAUAAGUUAUAUUACCGAGCAGAUGGAAGUGACUGGAGCACAGCGGGGGACUGGCAGGUUGAGACCGAGAAGAACAUCACUGGCCUGACGCCAGACACCGAAUAUGAUUUCGCUGUCCUUCUUAGACGAGCCAAUGCUAAUGUGGGCAGUGAAGGUCCAGAGAAAGCCCAAAUAAGAGCCAGAACACUAUGUGGAGAAGCAACGGUGGACAGCAAGCCGAAGGAUAUGAGGAGCGAAGCACUCUCUCCCCACGAGAUCCAGCUGGAGUGGCAGAGGCCGACGGCGGACGAACUGCGAUGCCACUUCCUGGGUUACCAACUCCGAGUUCGAAAAGUCAACGAGACCACGUGGGUAGAGCACGAUGACGUUGACUCGUCCGGAGAGCGCUACCUCGUGCGAGGACUGGAGCCCUACACGGAAUACGAGAUCGCAUUGGGCGUUGUCACCUCCGCGUGGAGUAGCAACCACGUGGCGACUGUGCUCCAGGAGACACUCGAAGACGUGCCUGGUCCAGUUGGUGCUCUGAAAGUGAAAACCGUGAAUGCCACCUCCGUAGAGCUGUCCUGGAGUAAACCGGCAGCGCCCAACGGUUUACUCAAGGGCUACCGUGUGCUUCUACGUCUACUCGAUGCCGGCAUGUGCGAAAACUCAUCGAAGGACCACAAUGAGUCUCUUCACCUUGCUCCUGACACACACAUCUCGAUAGACGAGCUGGUACCGAACUCCCUCUACGAAGUGAACGUCAGCGCUGGGACAGGCGUCGGCUACGGAGACCAUUUGGAUUUAAUCUUCAGAACCUCGGAAGCAGCUCCUAGGGCUUCCCCGCUUAACGUGCGUGUGACUUCGGUGGGAGGAUCGUCUCUUUCCUUUUCCUGGGAAAAGAUACCCUGCUCUGACACCAAUGGUGAUGUCACAUCCUACAGCUACGUUUUGCAAUCUGUCCAUCAGGCGUCGAGCAUCGUGGCCAACACUACAGGCAGUACAGAGAUAACGGUCGACUCUUUGGUUCCCUUUUGCAAUUACACUUUCCAAGUAAAUGGAGUAAAUGAGGCUGGUGAAGGACCUUUCUCGGCGCCUCUCCUUCAAGAAACUAAACAAGAAGCACCGGGAUUCGUGGGGAGAGUCGAAGUGCGCAACGUUACAGAUACGAGCGCCCUUUUGAGCUGGGAGGAACCUGACGAACCCAAUGGAAUCGUAACACAUUACCAGGUGACUGUCCAUUCGGACGCUGAACUACCUGGAACGAGCGUCACCCCAGAGACGGAACUGGAAUUGCAUGGUCUCCAUGGAGGACGCAAGUACACUGUGGACGUGCGUGCAGCCACCAGUGCAGGAUUAGGUCCCCCCAGCAACGUCAGUUUUCGAACGCUCGACCAAGAACCAGACAUAUCUUUGGUUUACGUCUCGGGCGACCACUCGACAAUAACCGUUAAGGUGCAAGUCUCACAGACGACGCAACCCAGAAACUUGGACAUUGUCCUCAGCGAGGCGAACGGCCCUUACGUUACUGCCACCAUAGCAAUGAUGCCGAACUCGUCGCGAACAUUCGUCGUCGGCGAUGGAUUCUACUACGGGAGCCACUUCAACGCUCCCCUUCUGCCAAAGAAAAAGUACAAAAUUUACGCGCAAACUACGAUAUCUGUAAGUUCCUCAGUUCACGUUUCCUCGGACGUCAUAACUGCGACUACAGAUGCAGAACCCCAGGGCAUCCCCAUGGAGAAACUUGCCAGCUACUUCACGCUUCACUUCUCCAUCCUACUUGUCGUCUCGACACUGCUCAUUCUCAUCAUUCUCGGACUGAUGUUGCACAUGAUUCACAAGGGCUCAAAGUCCAAGACAGUCACAGUCUCUCAACAGAGCACCCCACCAGAAGAAUGUAUGGAGAUGAAUUUCUACUGCGUGAAUGACAAGCCUGAAGUCGCCUACUUAUGAUCUGCCUCUGUAAUUUGGUGCAGUUUGCUGCUUGGUGUGAAUGUGGAUCUUACAAAGUGA